CUGACAAAACUUUGGAAAGAAGAGAAGAAAAAGAAACUCCAAAACCAAAAGCAAACCACUUUGCAUCACCACGGAUGCUUCCUCUCCUCUCUCGAAUCUUCUACCGAAGCAGAUUCCUUUAAUUUUGACAAUCCCUACCGUAUUUCACUUUUACGUGUUUUGUUUUUUUCAAUUUACUUUCAAGAUUAUUCUCAAAAGCUCCACAAAUUGUGAAAAUUCUUUCCGAAACAGACAUUUUUAUUUUAAUAGAAGAAUUACCUGUGUUCUUUGGCAAAUAUAAAUACACGUCGACAAGGACAACACUUGCACUAAAGAUUGCAAAUCCGUGUUCUCUCUCUUUACUAUUAUUUCCUCUCCAAAAUAUAUAAGAUUUUCUAUUCAAAAACUAUAGUGUUGAAUCUUUUUUUUUUUGCUUAAAUUCUCUGGCCAAAAUAUGAGCGAUCCGAAGUAUGCAUAUCCAUACCCGGCACCGGGAAAUUACCCGCAAGGUCCGCCACCGCCUGUGGGAGUACCGCCACAGUAUUACCCUCCACCACCGCCACCGCCGCCUCCACCACCACAACGAAAAGUUGGUUUUCUUGAAGGACUAUUAGCGGCUCUGUGUUGUUGCUGCUUGGUGGAUGAAUGUUGCUGCGACCCGACCAUUAUAUGCAUUGAUUAAGUUUUAAGAAAUUAAAAUCACUCCUAUGUCUAUUAAUUCAUUAUGGUUAUGAGGUUUAUGUAAUAAUUGUUGUUAAUUAAGAAGAAAAAUUAACAAAAAUAAUUGUUGUAGUUUCAUGUGACUACUAUUAGGCUUAUGGUUGUCUUUUAUAUGUGUAUCACAAAUUUCUGCAGCUCAAGAAUUAACAAGAGAAUUUAUUCUGAUU